CCAAAAGAGAACUUAGACUUUGAAGUCAAUCAGUUCUUUAUGAAUACGUGGAAGAGACAUGGAAGUGGUCAUCGCCCCGAUGCACCAGGAGUUGAGUGCUUGAUAUUGUCAACUCCAGAUAGCCCCCAUGAGCUUCGUAAUUCCAAUAAUGGGAGGAAGGCAAAAGAAAGAUCUAAUGCUCAUGGGGUAGAGGUUCGGAGCACUCAUAGUCACAAUGUUUCCUAUCAACACGGUGAAAACUCACAUAGGAUGUUUCCCAUGACAAGUGAUUUGUCUUCAGCUUCACACUCACUCGGCUUAAAAAGUCAAUUCAAUUUAAACAGCUUGCAGGUCACUGAUCAUACUGGAAAUAAUACUGUCCCUGAUCAGGUUGUACUUACUGAUAAGAACCAGAGAGUUCUAAGUGCAGAUCAUUCGGCAAAUGACACUGAGGGAAGGCGUCUUUUUGCCCGAACACACUCUAGUCCUGAACUGACUGAUAACUAUAGUGAUGUCUCAUCACAAGUACAACAUAGCAGACAUGGAGAAAAUACAGAUGCUCGUGCUGCUCAUUCUAGAUUGGAUUCGAGUUGUAGGAGGAACGGGUUUGGACCAGAGACUUUGUUUACCCACAACAAUCAUACUUCAGUUGAAGAUACAGUGGCUAGAUCACAUCAAAGUCUUGAUGCUUCUGCCGCCAAUAGUGUUUCAAAUAGCUACGCCCUAAGUGAAGAGUGUUCAACCACCUCUGGAACACAGCUGAUGCACCCGGAAGAUCAAGAUAUUGUGAAUAUGAUGGCGUCUGCUUCACUUCAAGGGUUCAAUGGCCAAGUUCAAGUUCCAGUUAAUUUAACGUCAGGUCAUCUACCUUAUUCUAUCCCUCCAUCCUUUCUUGCUUCUAUGGGGUACAAUCCACAGAAUUUUCCAGGAUUUGUCCCUGCAAAUAUCCCUAUGAUGGACCCAUCAUUCACACACUUACAAUUUCCUCACGGUUUGGUAUCACCCCAAUUGACUCAAUAUUUCCCGAGCAUUGGACUUAAUUCAUCUGAAGAGUCACUUGACCGAAUCAAUGAGAAUUUUGGUCGCAUAGACUCGGGAGAGGCCAAUAAUGAGUUUUUGCAGGAACAAGAUUCUAGAUCGUCUUGUCCGUAUGAUCUCGAGAAUGGAAAUUUAGAGACACUCCAAAUUCAAGAAAAACCAUCAGUGUCACCGUCGGGUUUAAAAUAUAUUCCUCCACAAUCUCGAGUAACUGCCUCUAGAACUCAGCAAAGGCAUGUGAGGGAAAAACGGGGAGCAGAGAGGGAUAAUAUUGACAGUUCUCUGGAGCAGGAUAUCAAUGCUGGUGAGGUUCAUACUGAUGAAAAAUCAGGCAAUUCAAGGUUCUCAUCAGCUGCCCAUAGUAAUUCUUUGAGAAGUAGAACUUCUUCAGAGAGCUCCUGGGAUGGAUCAUCAGGGAAGGCACCUAAAUUUUCGAAAGAGAAAAGGGGAAAGAAAAUUGCGACAGAUCUAAUUAACAACCACGUAAAAGGUAAAGUUAUGUCUGAGCACGCAUCAAAUGACACAGAUGAUGACCAGGAGCGGGGUUCACUGUCAAAUUUGGGGACUGAAGUCACUGAAAGAUACCCUGAGUCUGAGCCGGAUGUGUCUUCGCAUGUUUCUAGGCACCGUAUGCCCGACUCUGAGGUUGCUCAGACUAGUGGAUCAGACUCAAUGAUGCCCUUUGCCCCAGUAUUGAUUGGUCCUGGCUCAAGGCAUAGAAUGAGUGAGAAUUCCGGGGUAGUUGCAUUCUACCCGACUGGUCCUCCAAUCCCUUUCCUUGCGAUGCUUCCGGUUUAUAACAUUCCGCCCGAAGGUGGUAUAGCGGAUGCAUCAAGUGGGCAUUUCGGAGGUCAUGAGACUGUGAAUGAUAGUGAAUCUGUAAUGAACAUCAAUCCCAAGGGAUUAGAUCAAUUACAGGAGUUACAUUACUCGAGAUCCUUACUAGGAAUCUCAACUAAUGAGGCAUCCAAAGAACGGAAGCCUGAUAUUCUUAAUAGUGACUUUGUAAGCCAUUGGCAAAGCUUACAAUUUGGAAGGGUCUGUCAGAAUCCUCGGUACCAAGGGCCUUCUGCAUUUCCUUCACCUGUCAUGGUUCCACCAUCUUUUGUACAGAGUCAACUUCCAUUCGACAAUCUUGGUAGACCACUUUCAACCAAUGCAAACUUGUUCUCUCAGCUUAUGACAAAUUACGGCCACCGUAUGGUUCCUAUUACUCCCCUUCAUUCAGUUUCUGGGCGACAUCCCAAUAUAUAUCAAAGCUACAUGGAUGAUGUGCCAAGAUAUCGUAGUGGAACCGGAACAUACUUGCCUAAUCCUAAGAUUACUAGUAGGGAUUACCACUCGUCAGGCAGCAGAAGAGGGAACUAUAACCAUGACAGAAAUGAUAACUUGGACAAAGAGGUGAAGUGGAAUGCUAAUUCAAAAUCAAGGGCUGCUUCACGUAGUCACAACAGAAACCAGACUGAGAAAGCUAACCCUCGAACUGAACGAUACUCUCAUGGAGAGGCUCGAGCGAUGAAUCCUAAUGGAGUUUCAAACGGACCUUCGGUUCCACCAGUUAUGAUGCUGUAUCCAUUUGAUCAUGAUGCUGCCUAUGUUUCUAAUAACGAACAGCAUGAUUUUGGUUCUCUUGGUCAAUCCAGCUUGCCCGAUGUAAAUGAGCAAUCCCAGCUAAAUGAUGGCAAUCGUGCCAGAGCAUCUGAGGAUCGUAGACUGCAUGGGAGCUCUGCACACUGCUCCCCCCCAGAUCAACCAUCUUCGCCUCACCAUCAUGGGUAAUGCUGCACAGGUUUUGGUGUUCUUUUAACUCCAGAAGAAUACAUGUUUCGAAUCACUGCUACAAAUUAAUAAACAGGAGGGUUCGAUAACGCGCCCAGCUACACUGUCUUUAAGGAACAUUCUGUUGAAGGAUGAUAAUAUUCCAGUCUAACUUUGGUUCCGACAGCAAUGGCUGGAACGGGUGCAGCUCCCGUAUUGUUGCUCAUGUACAGAAUGCUGCUCGGCUUGGACCUCAUGUCUCAGUAAUUGUGCUCAAGAAUGGGCCUCCGAUGUGGUUCUUGUAUGUAGAAUAGAAAACCAACUCUGACCUUUACCAAUUUGGUAACUGGAGCUGUAGUUAGUUACCAACACAUUUUUGCCUUUUUUCGGUUUGCUCUGCCUUAGCGUAUCACAUUAUUAUUUCAUAUAAAAGUGAUCUAGAAUUAGAGUUCCA